AUGUCGAGAGUGAGCGCGGCAGCAGCUCGCUUCGGUGGAACUCGUCAAGACUCUACAACUUCACGAACUUCUCGUCAAGAUUCCACGAGUUCUCGUCUUUCUCUAACUCGACCAGAAGCCCGUAAAAAUCCACUGUCUUCUGUUGAGAAUCGCCUGCCAAGUCGAGAAUCUUCUGAAAUUCCACAAGAUGCGUCGACUUCUGAACUUGACUAUUUGAUUGUGAAGAGGACAGCUGUAGCCGAUCCGACGAUGCAAGCAGAAUGGGCACAGAAGCGACAAGUGUGGGUACCACACGAGAGAGAAGGGUUUGUGGCAGCUCAGAUCAAGGAGGAUAAUGGAGAGAUGUAUGUGGUUGAGGUGGUGGAGACUGGGCAACAGAUGAAACUGAGCAAAGACGAUUGUCAGAAGAUGAAUCCACCAAAGUUUGACAAGGUAGGGUGUUUAUUUUGUGAAAUUGUAAAGGGUAAAACAAUUUUAUUUUUAAAGUUCUUAUUAUUAUAAACUGUAAAAUGAGUCUGAUUUAAUAUUUUUAUGAUUGAUAAAAAUGAUUUUUAAUUUUCUUUUCAGGUUGAAGAUAUGGCAGAUUUGACCUGUUUGAACGAAGCUUCUGUGCUACACAACUUGAAGGAGAGAUAUUACUCUGAUUUGAUUUACGUAAGUUGUCUAAAGUUUAAAAAUAAUUUUCAAUCAAAAAUUUUAAAAUAACCUCUUCCGUAACAUAAAAUUUCUUUUCAGACCUACUCCGGCCUGUUCUGUGUAGUAGUCAAUCCUUAUAAGCGAAUCCCCAUCUACUCCGAGCAGCUGAUCGAUGCCUUCAGAGGAAAGAAACGUCACGAACGACCUCCACACAUCUUUGCCAUCGCCGAUGUUGCUUACCGUUCGAUGCUCCAGGAAAGAGAAGACCAGUCGAUCUUGUGUACUGGAGAAUCUGGAGCUGGAAAGACUGAGAACACAAAGAAGGUCAUUCAAUAUCUGGCACAUGUUGCUGGUAUGAACAGACCUAACAAGGGGUCGGGAGUUCCUAGCAAGGUAGGUUAAUAUAUAGAUAUGAGGAGCGUAGGUAUUGCGAGGUCAGUAUUACAAUUUUAAGUUAAAAUAUAUUAGUCUAAGAAGACCUCGAAAGAACUGUUAUAAGGGUAAAUAUAUUAUUGUAUAUAAUACUUGAUUUUUAUAGUCUGAUGAUGCUGUAAUGCAAUACGUAAGUCAUGAAUGUAAAAUGGCUUCUUCUCCUGUUCUAGCUGUAUUUCUCAUUCUAUAUUCUUCUCUUUUCUUUCUGUUUUUUUUUUCAUAUUAUACAUGUUCUUUCUUAUACUUCGUUGAGUUUAAAAAAAAUCUUGUCAUAAAUGUACGUUCAUCAAUGUUUACAUUUGUCUGUUAUGUCAAGUAUAAUUUUAAUUAUAUAUGUUUACAUAAUAUUUUAGGGUGAACUAGAAAGCCAACUUCUACAAGCAAAUCCGAUUCUUGAAGCCUUUGGUAACAGUAAGACGGUUAAGAAUGACAACUCUUCUCGAUUUGUAAGUUUCAUUGGCCUUUCUAUAUCUUUUAUUGGAACUUUGUAAUACUGUAAAAUACCUUUUUGUUUUAGGGUAAAUUCAUCCGCAUCAACUUUGACAUGUCCGGCUACAUUUCUGGUGCCAACAUUGACUUUUACUUGCUGGAGAAGUCGAGAUGUUGUCGUCAAGCAGUGAACGAACGAUCUUUUCACAUCUUCUACCAAUUUCUGAGAGGGACUACACCAGAAGAGAAGCAAAACUAUCUUCUCGAGGACAUUGGAAACUACUCUUUCUUGAACAACGGAGCUGUAGCUGUCCCGAAUGUUGACGAUGCCAAAGAAUUCCACGAAACCAUCAAAGCCAUGAAGAUCAUGAGCUUCAGUGAUGAGGAAAUCACUUGUAAGUUUAGUCUCAAGGGACGUUAGGAUAUUAUACAGGGUUUUUUUUUCACUUUUAUUGUUUAAGUAGGAAUUCAGUUUUGUAAAAUACGAGGAAUUGUGCAUGCAAUUUGUCAUAUUAUAAAUUUACUCCUUUUCAGCCAUUCUCCGUAUCAUCUCGGCUGUCAUGCUUUUUGGAAACAUCAAGUUUGUUCAAGAAAAGAAGUCGGACCAAGCCUGUCUGGCUGAUGACAGAGUUGCUCAGAAAGUUUGUCAUCUCCUUGGCCUCUCAGUCCAAGACUUUAGCAAAGCCUUCCUCAAACCGAAGAUCAAGGUUGGCAGAGAGACAGUUCAAAAGGCCCAGAAUAAGGAACAAGCUGAAUUCUCAGUCGAAGCCAUCUCCAAAGCCAGCUACGAACGAAUGUUCAAAUGGCUAGUCCAGAGAAUCAACAAGAGUUUGGAUAGAACAAGAAGACAAGGAACCUCUUUCAUUGGAAUUCUGGAUAUUGCUGGUUUCGAAAUCUUCGAAAUGAACUCAUUCGAACAGAUCUGCAUCAACUAUACUAACGAGAAGCUCCAACAGCUCUUCAACAACACCAUGUUCAUCCUAGAACAAGAGGAAUAUCAGAAAGAAGGCAUCGACUGGCAGUUCAUUGACUUUGGCCUUGAUCUUCAGCCAACGAUCGAUCUGAUCGAGAAGCCGAUGGGCAUCCUCGCUCUUCUUGAUGAACAAUGUUUGUUCCCCAAGGCUACAGACAAGAGUUUCGUGGAGAAGUUGACGGCUAAUCACGAGAAGAAUAGCAAGUUCGUGGUCCCAGAGAUGAGAUCAAGGUCCGACUUUGCUGUUGUUCAUUAUGCUGGAAGAGUGGACUACAGUGCUGACAAGUGGCUGAUGAAGAAUAUGGAUCCAUUAAACGAGAAUGUGGUUGCUUUGAUGCAAAACUCAUCGGAUCCGUUUGUUCAGGGAAUCUGGAAGGAUGGUAAGAAGAUUUUUAAGUAAAACAGGUUUAUAUAUGUGUACAUGUUUGGUAUAAUGAAAGACGAAUUACAAUUUAAAAGUCUAACUUGUAAAUAUAAUUUUAGCCGAAUUUGCUGGCAUGGGAGCGACGGAAGUUGCCGAAAGCGCCUUCGGCGGUGUAAGAACCAAGAAGGGAAUGUUCCGCACAGUCUCUCAGAUGUACAAAGAACAACUUUCCAAACUGAUGUCAACAUUAAGGAAUACUUCUCCUAACUUUGUCAGAUGUAUCAUUCCAAAUCACGAGAAGAAACCAAGAAAGAUCGACCCUCUGCUGGUAUUGGAACAGUUGAGAUGCAAUGGUGUACUCGAGGGAAUCAGGAUCUGUCGUCAAGGUUUUCCAAACAGAAUCCCAUUCCAAGAAUUCCGUCAUCGUUACGAGCUGCUGGCUGCCAACGUGAUUCCAAGAGGAUUUAUGGAUGGAAAGGAGAGUGUCAAGUAAGUUUUUGAUGAUUUUUUUUCUCAAUAAUUUUUGACCAGGAACCUUUAGUUUUAUGAUAUAAACUUUAUUUUUUAGCAAAGUUAUACCUAUAAUAAUAUAAAUUAUUGCAAAAUUUCAGGAAGAUCUUAGAUGCGUUGGAAAUCGAACCCAACAGUUACAGAAUUGGAAUGUCGAAGGUCUUCUUCAGAGCUGGAGUACUAGCUAAACUCGAGGAGGACAGAGAUGUUAAGAUCACUGGACUGAUCAUCGACUUCCAGGCCAGAUGCAGAGCCUUCUUGGCCAGAAGAUUGUACGAAAAGAGAGUGCAGCAAAGCAGUGCCAUCAGAGUAUUACAAAGAAAUGCUUUGUCUUGGUUGAAGCUGCGAAACUGGGAAUGGUGGAGAUUGUUCACCAAAGUUAAGCCAUUGCUUCAAGUAAGAUAACUUUGUUUUUGUCAUAGCUUGACAUGUUUGUUUUAUUCAAAGUAAUUAAUUUGUUAUUGAACCAUUACGGUCUCAAAAAAUGUUUUGUUUUCUAUGAAUUUGUUAAAUAACUUAAAUUUUAGGUAACAAACCAAGAGUUGGCCCUCCAACAAAGAGACGACGAACUCAAGGUUGUCCGUGAAAAGGUCGGAAAGUACGAAACCGAACUCAACGAUGUCAGUCAACGCCUAGAAGUCCUCCAAUCAGAACGGUCCCGGCUCCAAGAGCAGCUUCAAGUCGAAGCUGAAGAACGUGCUGAAGUCGAUGAAAUCCGUCAACGUCUUCAUGCCAAAACUGAAGAGCUAUCUGAACUUGUUAAUGAUUUACAAUUCAGAUUGGAAGAAGAAGAACAGAAGACUGCCAUGUCAUCAGACAAAUUCAAGAAACUGGAAGAAAACAUUCGAGAUCUAGAAGAACAACUGGAAUCAGAAGAAAGAAAACGACAGAAGACCCAUUUGGACAAGAAUACCCUCGAAGACAGACUUCUGAGAAUGGAAGGUGAAAUCGCCGAGCUCCAAGAUGCCAACGAGAAGUUGACAAAGGAAAGGAAAUGGUUCGAAGAAAGAGCCAAUCAACUGGAGAAUCAACUGGUCGAAGAAGAAGAAAAGACAAAACAGGCCAACAAGUUGAGGGCCAAGUGGGAACAACAAUGUCAAGAAGCUGAAGGAGAGUUGGAGAAAGAAAAGGCUGGCAGACAAGAGUUGGAGAAGCUGAAGAGAAAGACUGACAAUGAACUUCAGGAGACUCGUGAAGUGCUGGAGGAAAAGAGAAACAAGAUCGAGGAACUUAACAUGCAUUAUCAGAAGACUCAAGAGGAACUCAGCAGUUUGUAUUGCAGGUUAGUUGACAUUAUGAUAAUAUCGUUAAACCUAAAAUGAUGACUUAAUAUGUAUUUUUACUAAAGUUUUUUUACAGAUCUGACGAAGAGAAUGCUGUCAUCUCACAGCUUCAGAAGCAGCUACGUGACUACGAAGCUCAAAUUGAAGAAGUUAAGGACGAUUUGGAAAAUGAAAAAGUCCUCAGAUCUAAAGCUGAACAAAAACGAAAAGAACUGGCAUCAGAAUACGAAACUCUGAAGUCAGAAUGUGUAGAUGCCGUAGACAAAUCGCAAUUGGCCAUGGAGAUUCAACGCAAAAAAGAUGAUGAACUGAGACAACUUCAGGUGAGGUUAUGAAGCUUUUCAAAUUUAUCUUCUAUCAAAAGUUAGACCUAAAACAACCUGAGUUUGGGCAGACCAUGCCAAUUUGAAAUUUCGCUUAUACACAGUAGAAUUUAGUAUUUAAUUUUUUUAAAUUUCAGAACCAAAUUGAUGCCGUAGCUCAAGAAGGCCAGAAGAAGGUCGAUGAAGUCAGACAAAAGUACCAACGCCAAGUUGAAGAACUGGUCGAACAAGUUGAACAACAAAAACGACUGAAAGCACAAACUGACAAAUCUAAAGGAACAUUGGAACAAGAGCGUACUGAUCUGCAAGGUGAACUUGAAUCCUUGGCAGCACAGAAGGCGGAAACCGAAAAGAGAAGAAAACAAGCAGAAGCCGUGAUUCUGGAUCUAAGAGCGUCGUUGGAUACGGCCGAACAACAAAUCGCUACUUUGGGCGAGCAGUUGGGCAAGGUAAAUGUGAUAUUAUAUUGUUGUCAAAUAUGGCAUUGUAUUAUUGAUUGGCAUUCUUAGCUUUUUUUUUUUUAAAUUUUCUUUGGGUUUAUUCAAGAUAAUUUUAACUGAGUAAGCCUUGAUGAUUAAUACGUAAUGAUGGCUGUAAUAUCAAGUCAAUCGUUUUGUUAUACAAGAAGGCCAAUCAGUAAUAAUUUUUGGGAGCCGCGGAAAAUGAAUAAUUCUUUAUUACGUUUGUGAUCAUGACCUUUUUAAAGAUAUUUGACGUGAAGUAGCGAACUUAGUCAUCAAAAAUAAAAAUGUCAAUUACAAUGAAUUUUUGAGGCUUUUUUCGACUAUAUUUUAUAUUAUUAACUUUAUAACAAGGCCGCUUUUUUAAAAAAUUUGUUUGUAGAUCCAACCUGAUUAUGAAAACACUCAAAGACAACGUGAGAAGUUCGAACAACUCGUCAACUCUCAACAACACAAGAUCAACUCUCUCGAAGGCCAAGUGUCAGAAACCCAAGAGCUUUUGGCCGAAGAAACUCGCCAGAAGCUGGCUUCUCAAAGUAAUGUACGACAACUUCAAUCUGAGAUCCAGAAUCUGGUCGAAACAAAAGAGGAAAUGGAGUUUGCUCAACAGAAGCUUGAGAAUGACAUUCAAGCCCUAAAGGCUCAAAUAAACGAUGAGAAGAAGAAGUCAGAAGAAAUGGUCGUGAUUCAGAUGGAGGAACAGAAAAAGAAAUUCCAGAAGGAAUUGGAGAACGUUCAGAAGGAAGUCGAAGAUAUGCUCGCAGCCAGAGACAGGGCUGAACGGGCCAAGAAGAAGUUCCAACAAGAGGUAAGGAUAAUACAAGAUUAUGGAACUCUAAAUGGUUUAUCGCUUUUUUGUGUCGACGAAAGCAGUAUUGAUAGUUUAGUCUGUAUAUAAGGGUAUAAUUUUUUAUCUUUUUGAUUCUGUGCAACGAAUAAUUCAUCUGAUUCUAGGUUGAAGAUCUUAACAUUGAGUUGGAGAAUGUACGAACCAACAGCCGAGAUGCGGACAAAAGACAACGCAAGUUCGACCAACAAUUGGCUGAAGAAAAGGCUAAUUUACAAAAAGUCAUCGCCGAGCGGGAUGCUUUGGAGCAGGAUUCUAGAGAUCGCGAGACCAGACUUUUGGGACUUCAGAAUCAACUAGAAGAACUCAAAAGCCAGUUCGAUGUCAUUGAAAGAGAAAAGAGAAUGCUGCAGAACGAGCUGGAGGAAUCUGUAAGUCAACUUAAAGACACAUUUUGAAAUGCAUGAUAAUAAAAUAAAAAUUUAUAACAACUGGAAAUUUAGAUGUCAACUAAAGAUGACGUCGGCAAGAACGUCCACGAACUCGAAAGAGCCAAACGCCAACUUGAACAAGAAGCUGCAGAUCUCAGGGCUCAAGUUGAAGAACUGGAAGAUGCUGUUCAAUUGGCUGAAGAUGCUAGACUUCGUAUCGAAGUAACAUCGCAAGGACAGAAGAACGAAUUCGAAAGAGUUUUGGCUGUAAAAGAACAAGAAGACGAAGAAAAGAGAAGAUCUCUGCUCAAACAAGUUCGAGAAUUGGAGGAAGAACUUGAGCAGGAAAGAAGAAGCAAGGUCGGAACUGUAGGUCAGAAGAAACAACUCGAAAUGCAAGUAGUCGAGCUACAACAACAACUCGAACAACACAUUCGCCAGAAGGAUGACAUGAGCAAACAACUCAAGAAGUCUCAACAAGCCAUCAAAGAACAACAAGUUAAGGUAGAGGAACAACAACAACAAAGAGAAGAAAUGGCAGCGUUGUUGAGAGAAGCAGAAAGACGAAUGCGUCAAGCUGAAGGUGAAGUUGUACGACUUCAAGAAGCUACAGAAUCUUUGGCCGCUCAGAAGAGAAAGCUCGAGACGGAAAGGGAUGAACUCGAAGAGUUAAGAACCAAAGGAGGAUCAAUCUCAUCUGACGAAAAGAGAAGACUCGAGAAUAAGAUUGCUGCUUUACAAGAGGAUGUUGAAGAAGGAGAAAGCACAUUGUUGGAGCUCCAGGACAGACUCAGAAAGGCUCAGCAACAGGUAAGUGAAAAAGCUCGUUUUGUCACUAUGAUUUAUGACAAAAAAAAGAAUAAAAGUCGAGGGUGGGCAGUUAUUUAAAGUAAUAUACUAAUAUUUUUUAGGCCGACCAAUCCAAUAUUGACCUAAAUGCCGAAAGAACUAACACACAACAAAUGGAAACCGAAAUCCAGAGUUUGGAACGCCAGAACCGUGAACUCCGCUCACAAGUUGUCGAACUGGAGACCCUAACUCAAACCAGAACACGAGCUCAGAUCAGCUCAUUGGAAACUCAAGUAAAACAACUUCAAGAUCAACUGACUGCCGAGAGUUCGGAACGACAGAACACUAGCAGGAUGUUGAGAAGAAUGGAGAAGAGAGUCGCUGAAGCUCAAGCUCAAACUGAAGAAGAAAGAAAGUCAGUUGAACAGUUCAGAGAAGCUGUAAGUUAUAUUGUGAUUGAAUAUAAGUUUUGGUUGAAAAGUUAUUGAUAGUAUUAUAUUAUUUGAUUUUCUAUAAUGAAGACCUCUAAUCCUUCCAAUUUCAGUCCGAACGUUCCAACGCCAAAGCUCGUCAACUUCGUCGUCAAGUAGAUGACCUUGAGGAAGAGGUGAGCCGCGAGAGAGCCAAAGCCCGAGCUUAUCAACGCCAAUUGGACGAACUUCACCCCAUUCCAGAACCCAACUAA